UUUUUCUAGUUUUUUUUCCCUUUCAGAGACUGAAGCAACUAACAAACACCUACGUAGACUGGACUACGAAGCCAAGACGAUGUUCCGCUACGCACUUCUCCUCGCCGUCUGUCUCGUGUGCUUUAGUCAAGCAUACCGCCGCAAGUAUCUGUAUUGUUCGUAUUGCAGCAAUGGCCGGUACGUGACAUCAUUGAUCAACGUCCAGAAUAGACCUAAGGGAGACUGGAGUAUAGGCAUGCGCUGUGGUGGCAACGAGGCCCAACAUGACUGUACCUUUACUUCUGUGAGGUAUGAGAAGGACAACUCGCUUCAUUUCCUGUGUCCGGGGAACAAAGUGCUCAACGGCUUUUACCUCUACUCUGACAACAGAUAUGUCCUGAACCGAGAUUAUUCUUUCCGCUGUUGCAACAUAAAAGAUAAACGUCCCAAAAACUGCAACCUCACGCCAUGGCUCAACGGCUGUGAAGAAGAUCUGAACUACCAGGUUCCGGAAGGGAGGGUGAUUACUGGACUCUACAGUCUCGCUCAGAAUGACACCAG